AUGUCGCAGCCAGAGGCGUACCCCGUCCAGCCCAAGCCCGCCGCCGCCCACGAUGGGCACAGGGACGACGCGGUCGUCGAGCCAGCGGGAGAGGGCAAAGGGAUGACUCGGUCCGUCAGCCAGCAGAUGCUGGAUGGCCUGCGGGACGCCACGCUCGGGCCGAAUCAGCGGAUGCACCAGCCUUCCGUGCCCGGCCGGCCAGCCAAGCGCGCAGAGGACCCCGAGCAGCGACCGCUCUCCUUCCUCCUCUCCCUCAUCGCGGCGCUCUCGGUGUGCGCCUCCGUUCUCCUCGUGUGGACGACCUCCACCGAGGCGUCCGAGCUGCCCACGCUGCUCUUCGACGUGGCGCUCGGGCGACGCGGGCCCUGGUCGGCGCAGGACAACGUGGCAGGCGUCGCGGCGCUCCUCCUCUCGCUAAUCUACCUCGUCGUCGUCGACUUCACCGUGUGCGCCGCCGUCUGCACCGACGCGGCCGGGCGGUGGUUCCUGUUGCACGCCAUCGGCAACCUGGUCGUCGCGGCGCUCUCGCUGCCCGACCUCUUUAACUGGUGGGCCAACCCGGGCGGCGCGCUCUCCAUCGGGUACUGCACCGAGCUGCCCUUCCCCGGCUGCUCCGACUGGCCGACGGUGCUUAUCGUCGCGAUGCACAUCUACCACAUGCUAGCCUUUCGCCUCUCGGGCGACGACCUCUUCCACCACCUCCUCUUCGUCCCGCUCAUCGGCGGCGUCAACUUUGCCUACGCGUGGGGCGUCGCGGGCAACAUCCUCUCCUUCUUCAUCUCCGGCCUCCCGGGCGGGGUCGACUACCUGAUGCUCGCCGCCGUCAAGAGCGGACGCCUCUCCUCGUACACCGAGAAGCGCGUCAACUGCUCGAUCAACACGUGGAUCCGCGGGCCCGGCAUCACCGCCUUUUGCACCAUCGUCCUCGGCGCGUGGUCGCAGGCGCGGCACGCCGGCGAGGCGCAGGACCUGAUGCCGCCGCCCCUCUUCUUCACCGCGUGCGCAAUCAUCUUCUUCAACGGCCAGUUCUACGCGCAGCGCGUGAUUGGCAACUACUACAUCCGAAAGGCGCAGGACUACACCAAGCGCGGCAUCACAAAGGUGGACCUGCACAACAGCUAG